UGGGUAUAAAAGGGCUAGGGUCAUAUUGAAACGUCACCCUAGCUGGGUAUGUUUAUCUGAAUUGCCUUUUGUUCGUUUCGAGUGUUUUGUGGUGCCGUUGAUUAUUAAUAUUAGGCAAUAGUCAACUACACUCUACCACUCUGUUCAAACGUCGCAGCCAACUGACAUCUCAAAAAAAAAAAUCAUGGAGCUGCCAAAAAUACUUUUCGUUUUGGUGUCCGUACUCAUGAUUUCAGGGACCGAGGCGUUCCUGCCAAGCCAUGCCGGUAGAUCGCUCGCGAGUGCGGACUAUACUCUGACUGACAUCACGGUGGCUGGGAUUGUCCGGGUUGUAGCGAGGUACUUCGAAGACAGCGACCCGGACCGGUAUAGCCCCGGGGACCUGACGGGCCUGAUCCCACUGACUCCGUCCAAACUGUAUCAAGUCCACUACGGAGGCUGUGUUUACUCGACAAAAUUUGAGCGAGCAAUCAGUGCGAUUCUUAGUGAAAAUGUUCGCAUUUCAAAGGAAUACGCUCAGAAGGCAGUGUGGCACUUCAACGGAAAUCAAAUAAAUAAAGGAAAUCGUAAGAUGAUCAAUAUUCGUGACACUCUCUUGGACAACCUGGGCAAAGGAGACAAGACGGCACCAGACUAUGACGUAGCACGCCUUUACUGUGGUCAGUUCCUUCACAUGGCUCAGAGUUUCUACUCAAACACCAAUUGGAUUGAGCUGAACAGAUGGUUAAAUGGCGUCGAUGAUGAGGAUACCAUAACGACAUCCAGUGAUCUAGGGAUUGUGAGUCCAUUUACAUGGCGCCAGAGUCCCGGAAGUGUCGACAUGUGCCAAAACUGCGACAUUACAGUUUCUCCCUUGGAUUGCUCAGACAACCUACGUCCUUAUGUCUACUACAUAACAAGCGGCUACAAGUCCGGCCAAGACAAGAAAAAACCAGCUGCGGACCCGGAGAGUUCAUGGGGGGCUUGUUCACACGGAGGGAAAUAUGACGAUUAUCGUGAGACAGUAGCUUACGGUGGCAUCAAUAAAGAGACAUCUAACCCCAACUAUUCCCCACAUCACCACCUCCAUGAUCAGUCAGUCUCUACGGCGCUGCAGGCUACCGAGGAUUUCUUCUAUCAUGAAGAAACUGGCCUUUUCAAAAUCAUAGGUGAGGAAAAGUUCCGUAAAUUACUCAACUUGGAUGUGGGAACUUCUCUAUCCUUCGUAGUAGACACAACGGCGAGUAUGACGGACGAAAUAACAGCCGUCAAACAGCAGAUUAUUGAAAUAGUUGAGACCCACGCUACUGGGACGUGUCUAGCGCCCUCUAAGUACGUCAUCGCACCAUUUAACGACCCAUUUGUGGGACCAGUGUUAGUCACAUCGAAUGCAUCGGUCUGCAUUAACUUCAUCGAUAAUCUGGAUGUUGUCGGUGGCGCUGACUGCCCUGAGAUGGCAAAUGGUGGAAUGGAACUUGGCAUAUCAAAUAGUUUGGACGGAACAAUCGUGUAUGUCUACACGGACGCUGACGACAAAGACAAGGACAAACUCUCAGAUGUUCUGGCGUUGAUCAAGAAGAAAAAGAUUCAAAUGAAGUUCUUACUGACUGGCGAGUGCAGUGGAUCGAGGCGUAGAAGAGCUGCUGCGAGAGUGACUUCCAGUUAUGAUAUCAUUGCCAGCGUGUCUGGAGGGGAAGUCUACCGUACUGAUGACGCCGGAAUUAAAAAUUUAUCCCGUAUCAUUGAAGGGGAUCUUCGUGCCUCGAAGGUUACUAUAACCAAGAAAAGCGUCACGGUGCCAGACGACGAUGAUAUGUUUAGUGUGGACAUCCCAGUUGAUUCCACCGUGCUGGAGGUAUUGGUGUCUAUAGUCGGAGACCUGGCGGGUACCAACGUAACCAUCGUCACCCCUAAGGGUGAACGGGGUACGCUUAGCGGUGAGUUAGGGGUAGACGUCUUCACACAAUCCGACGAGCAAGUUGUAUUCAGCAUCGCCACAACCACAGAGGACACCAGAGGGGAAUGGGUCGUUGAGGUGCAGAACAUCGGGAGUUUAGCUCAGUACAGAGUCAAGGUGUCUGCAAAUAGUCUGGUCGACUUCAGUUUCGACUUGCUUGAACUCGAUGAGUCGGGAGCGCUUUAUCCCAUCGAUGGUCUGCCAGUACAAGGUGAUUCUCUGAAGAUGAGGGUGAAAGUAAGUGCACCAGAACAUGUCGGUUCCGUUAGCGGCGUGUACCUUCUCGACACAACGGGGAAAGAGACGCUUUUCACCGGGGAGGUCGAACCAAUAGCAGGGAUAACUCCCGGGCAAUACUUAGCCGAUAUUACAGUCCCCAGCCAGCCGUUUAUCGCAGUGAUCCGUGGCGUGGACCUCAAUGGCAUGGACUUCAUGCGUACACAACCAUCAGAAGUACAAGUCGUACAGGUCAAAGUUGAACAUGUACUUGGAAGCAGCACAAUAGAUACUAUUUAUCCCGGUGGUACUGCUGCCUUCAGUUUUCAACUCUCGAACAGUGGUCCUAGUGAUAACUUGACCAUGAGUGUUUCUGUAUCGAGUGAAGCGACGUCCACUUCAGGAGUUCAAGCAACCGUUGCACCAGAAAUGGCGUCUCUUGAUACCAAUGAGAGAUCGGAAGGUGUGGUCACUGUAACUGCUGGUGACGAUGUGUCAAUUGGUACAACAGUGAAAGUGACCUUAACCGUUCGCAGUUCCUUGACCCCUGUCCUGAACUUCCUGUCUGUUGACGUCACUGUCUUUGAGUUCCAGAACGAUACUGAUGUCACGGACAAUCCAGACUUUGAUGACUUCACCAACCCAACCUGCACCAAACUGACCAGCAGUCACAAGUGCACUGCAGACCAGAUGGGGAGUGAAUGCUACAACCAUGAGUGGUCGGUUAAAUUCCAGGCAACAGAUGACAGGAUAGUAACAGAGACUCUUCUAGAACCAGCCCUAGGCGAUGGCCAGACUCUGAAGUUCGAAAGACUCGGACUCAAGGAUAAAAUUGCCACCUAUACAUCGACCUGUUGUUGCCCGAUGUUGAACAUUACUGUCCGAGAUGGGAACGGGAACACUGCGUAUUGUACCGUUGAUUAUUACACCCCAGUGGCGGGAGUUAUCAAAUUGCCAGUCUGCAAUGGCCCGGUACCCUUUGACGACUCCGGCCUGAGUACCGGCGCGAUCGUCGGUAUAGCAGUCGGCGCUGUUGCCGCAGCCAUCCUCGUUGUUACCAUUAUUGUCCUUCUUGUGAAGUCUUGCGGUGGGGGAGGUCACGGACACAGGAAGGGUAUGGUCACCCCAGAGGAUCGCCCCUCCACACCUGUAGUGGGUAUGCAAAACUUCAAACAUCCUCACUCUGGUGUACUGUAAUGCUGUAAGCCUUAAAGGAACAUUACAGAGUUUGUUUUUGCUAUCAAAACAGUUGCUGCCAUAGUGUGAGCACUUUAUGUAAUCCACCAUUACACAUAAACUGACAAACCUGUAGAAGUUUGAGAUCGAUCGGCCAUAUGGGU